UGGUGACGUCAUUACUGGCUGUUGGGACUCAGACAUGAUGGCGGAGGAGGCGGAUGUGGACAUAGAGGGAGAUGUGACCGAGUCCUGCAAGGGAGCCUAUGACAGUCUGAGUUCACCCUUCACCCCGGAGCCCGUGUGGAAGAGAGAAGAUGAGUUCACCCCGUGGACCCUGGACAGCUCAAUCAGCGAUGAGAACCGCGCCGCCAUAGAGAAAAUGUUGCUAGAAGAAGAAUACUAUUUUUCUAACAAGCCGCCCGCAGCCAAGUUCUGGUCUGAAGCUAAAGAUGAAGACAAAUCCGGCAUCAGAAGGAGUCCGCAGAAGAAAGCGCAGCGAGUUCCGGUCAGAUCCCCGGCUAAGCCCGGCAGCGGCUCGGUGAAGUGGACCCCGGAGGAGAAGGCCAUGUUUGAGCAGGGACUGGCCAAGUUCGGGAGACGCUGGACGAGUAUCGCAAGACUGAUCGGGAGUCGCACAGUGCUGCAGGUCAAGAGCUACGCCAGGCAGUACUAUAAGAAUAAGUGUAAGGUGGAAGAUGGGGAGCAAGAUUCCAAGGUGGGCUCCACAGUCCUUCAUCUGCUCCGCCUAGAGGGUCCCGACAACGAGCCCCCCGGAGGAGACGAACUGUCCGCUCUCCGAGGCCGAGCCGACCCCAACCUCAACGCUGUAAAGAUCGAGAAGUUAUCAGAUGAUGAAGAGAUCGACAUAACCGACGAGGUGGCGGAGGAGGAGCCUGGCGGUAAUGGAGACCACCCACUAAUGACUAGAGAAGAGGAGGUGGAGCCUGAGCAGCGUCAGCGGGAACAUGGGGAGGAACCAUGGACUGACCUCCUUUGUCUGACAGACCAAGAUAGCAGCCGCUCUCCUUCCCCCGCCUCAGUGUCUGUGACCCCCAGCGAUGCUCCAGCCCCCGAGGAGGAGGCGGUCAGUCCUGACAAGGAGAACUAUUCGGCUUCUUCCUUACCUUCCCCUCCGCCCUGUGAGCUGGACGAGGUGGACGAGCUGAAACCUCCGGAGCAGGAAGCGGAGAUAGAGCGAGAGGUUAUCUCCGAGGAAGAAAAGCAGGCCAUCUCUGAGUUCUUCGAAGGCCGGCAAGCGAAAACGCCAGAGCGCUAUCUUCGCAUCCGCAAUUACAUCUUGGAUCAAUGGAAAAAUUGUAAGCCAAAUUAUUUGAACAAAACAUCUGUGCGUCCGGGACUGAAGAACUGCGGUGAUGUGAACUGCAUUGGCCGCAUCCACACCUACCUGGAAUUAAUUGGCGCCAUUAACUUUGGUUGCGAGCAAGCCGUCUACAACCGACCCCGACCAGUGGACAAAACCAAGUGUAAAAUGGGGAAGGACACCUUGGAAGCCUAUGAGUUGGCUCAUCGCCUGCAGUCUAUGCGCACCAGAAGAAGACGAGUCCGAGACCCCUGGGGAAACUGGUGUGACGCCAGAGAUCUUGAGGGACAGACCUUUGAGCAUCUCUCGGCAGAAGAGCUAGCAAUCAGACGUGAGAAGAUGAAACAGUCCAAGUGCCCUAAAGGAUCAAGACCAUCUAAGAGCUCUUUCGACCCCUUCCAGCUGAUUCCCUGCUCUGAUUUUACUGAAGAGAAACCGGCGCCGUUUCACGUUAACGUUUCAGCGGAAGCCAUGUUGAUAUUAGAUUUGCACGCGCACGUGUCCAUGGCGGAAGUUAUUGGCUUAUUGGGCGGAAGAUAUUCAGAAGCUGAAGGUGUCGUAGAAAUCUGUGCAGCGGAGCCGUGUAACAGCCUCAGCACCGGCCUCCAGUGCGAGAUGGAUCCGGUCUCUCAGACCCAGGCCUCGGAGGCCCUGCACCUGCGCGGCUACAGCGUCAUCGGAUGGUACCACUCCCACCCGGCCUUCGACCCCAACCCUUCAAUCAGAGAUAUCGAUACGCAGGCCAAGUAUCAGAGUUAUUUUUCUCGGGGUGGAGCCAAGUUUUUGGGGAUGAUUAUAAGUCCGUACAAUCGCGGUAACCCCCUGCCCCAGUCCCAGCUCUCCUGCCUGGUUAUAAGCGACGACCUCAGCGAAGACGGAUCCUACAGAACCCCGUACAGGUUUGAUGUAGAACAUUUACCUGGGGAACCUCACUGGGAAAUUGUGUUUGAGAAGACGAGAUGGAUCAUUGAGAAGUAUCGGCAUUCCCACAGCAGCGUUCCGAUGAGCAGGCGUUAUCGACAAGACUGUGACCUGACGUGUUUACAAAAGCUCCUGUCGUGUCUGCGGCGGACGCUGGUCACUUCGGGCUGCGCGCCAUUCGUAGAUGAAUUCCUGAGCAGGAUCGAGGAUCAUUUUCUCACGUGUUAUACGAACGUAAAGGAGGGGGGCGAAGAGACGCUGCCAGACACAGCCGCCGGAGGAGAGUGAUUAUUUACUGCUGGUGAUGAUUCUCAGAUUAACCCCUUAAGGACCAUGGACCAUUACCCACUGACCAGAGACUGAAUACUGGGGCACUUCUAUAACAUCUUCUACAGUGUUUCCCAACCAGGGUGCCUCCAGCUGUUGCAAAACUACAACUCCCAGCAUGCCUGGACAGCCGAAGGCUGUCCAGGCAUGCUGAGAGUUGUAGUUUUGCAACAGCUGGAGGCACCCUGGUUGGGAAACACUAAGUGCCAUACGAUGGAGGUAAAGAGUUGGUGCCAACCCGUCUGCCCCUGACUAUGGAUCGCUCAUACACUCAGUACCUACGGUGGUCAACCUCCUCAGAUGUGGCCCUCAGUCCUAGCCCAGGGCCACACAGAACAUUCAGUAACUUUUUAUCCUUCCUUCUCCAUCUCUGCAACAAGAGGGUCGUGCAUGUGCUGCCUGUCUGCAUUACAAUAAAUAGAACAUUAUGGAACUAACACAAGUUUGCAGCCCGUUCA